AGUUCCCCUCUGGGGGCCUUGCCUCCGGAUGCAUCCGUCUUGGUGGACCCCAAAAGUCUUGGUGGACCCCAUCAGGACCACGGUGACCUAGCUGGCUCAUAGACUAAUGCAUGUUACAUGCCAUUUGUCACUGAUUGAUGUCACUGUCACUUUUAGCAGAGUAGCAAAGUAGCAACCAUUGUUUUCGUUUUCAAUUUUCAAUUUAAAUUAUUGAAAAAUAAAAAUGAAUAGAUUUCUUUGUAAUGUAAACUGUGUGUGUUUCCUAGAAUUAUAGUGAUUUCACUUUUUGGUUGUAAAAAUAUUACUGAAAUACAUACAUAUAAAAUCAAGUGUAAUCCAAUGGAAGUAAAACAAGAAGUUAAUGAGGAAAUCUGUAAAGUAGAAGUAGAGUGUAAUGACCUGGAUGAUGCUCCUUUGGAUGACUUUAAAUGUGAAAUCAAGGAGGAAUCCAAAUGGCAAAGUACACAUGACACAAAUGAUUAUUUAGACGUAAAGGAACAUCCUAUAAAUACUAAAAUAGAACAUGAAAAUAUUCACCCAUUUGAAGAAGACCAAAAAACUGAAAAAGAUUAUCUCCAAGAGGACAAAGUGGAAAUUUUGGAGGCAAUAGCUGAACAGUCAUCCCACGAAGGAAAUUCUAGGAAUCCACAUGCUGAAGAUUAUCUCCAAGAGGACAAAGUGGAAAUUUUGGAGGCAAUAGAUGAACAUUCAUCCCACGAAGGAAAUUCUAUGAAUCCACGUGCUGAAGGAAAACCAUUAAAUAAAAAUAGGAAAGUGGUGACUGGAAAAAGACAUCACGAAUGUGAAAUUUGUCUCAAACAGUUUGCACGAAAAGGUCAUUUAACUGAGCACAUGAUAGUUCACACUGGAGAAAAACUUCACAAGUGUAAAAUUUGUCUUAAGACAUUUCUAAGAGGAAGACAGUUGGAAAUACAUAUGAGAGUACACAGUGAGGUAAAACCCUACAAAUGUGAAAUUUGUUUUAAGCGAUUUAUUGACUCAAGCAAUUUGAAAAUGCAUUUGAAAGUGCACGAAAAACCUCAUAAGUGUGAAAUUUGUUUUAAGCAGUUUAGUAUAGAAAGUAAGUUGAAAAUUCAUUUAAGAGUACACACUGGGGAAAAACCUCAUAAGUGUGAAAUUUGUUCUAAGCAGUUUAGGUUUAUAGGUAACUUCAAAUACCGUAUGAAAAUUCAUAGUGGAGAAAAACCUCAUAAGUGUGAAAUUUGUUUCAAGCAAUUUAUUCAAGCAAGUCAAUUGAAAAGACAUUCGAUAGCGCACACAGGGGAAAAACCUCACAAAUGUGAAAUGUGUUUUAAGAGGUUUAUGCAUGUAAAAGAUUUGAAAAGACAUUUAGUCUUGCACACCGCGGAAAAAACUCAUAAGUGUGAAAUUUGCUCUAAACAGUUUAUUAGAGCAAGUCAGUUGAAAAUACAUUUUAGAGUGCACACUGGGGAAAAACCUCACAAGUGUGAAAUUUGUUUUAAGCAAUUUAGUGAAGCAAAUAGUUUGAAAAAUCAUUUGAGAGUGCACACUGGGGAAAAACCUCAUAAGUGUGAAAUUUGUUUUAAACAGUUUAGAGAACGAGGUUAUUUGAAAAGGCAUUUGAUGAUGCACGCCGGAGAAAAACCUUAUAAGUGUGAAGCCGAGAAACCCCAUAAGUGUCAAAUUUGUUUUAAGCAAUUUACUACAGUAAGUUACUUGAAACAACAUUUGUUGGUACACACUGGAAUAAAACCUCAUAAGUGCAAAAUUUGUUUUAAGCAGUUUAGUCAUGCAAGUAAUUUGAGAAGACAUUUGAUAGUGCAUACAGGGGAAAAACGUUAUAAGUGUGAUAUUUGUUUAAAGAGAUUUACUGAAAAUAGCCAUUUAAAAAAUCAUUUGAGAGUGCACACUGGGGAAAAACCUUACAAGUGUGAAAUUUGUUUUAAGCAAUUUACUUCUACAAGUGAUUUGAAAACACAUAUUAGAGUGCACACUGGGGAAAAACCUCAUAAGUGUGAAAUUUGUUUUAAGCCGUUUUUUACAGCAACUCGUUUGAAAAUACAUAUGGGAGUGCACACCGGGGAAAAACCUCAUCAGUGUGAAGUUUGUUGUAAGCAGUUUGGAGACAUAAGUAACUUGAAAAGGCAUUUAAGAGUGCACACUGGAGAAAAACCUCAUAAGUGUGAAAUUUGUUUGAAACAAUUUACUGAAAACAGUAGUUUAAAAAACCAUUUGAGAUUGCACACAGGGGAAAAACCUUACAAGUGUGAAAUUUGUUUUAGGCAAUUUAAUGCUACACGUGAUUUGAAAACACAUCUGACAGUGCACACUGGGGAAAAACCUCAUAAGUGUGAAAUUUGUUUUAAGCCGUUUUUUACAGCAACUCGUUUGAAAACACAUUUGAGAGUGCACACUGGGGAAAAGCAUCAUAAGUGUGAAGUUUGUUGUAAUGGGUUUAGAGACAUCCGUAACUUGAGAAGGCAUUUGAAAGUGCACACUGUAGAAAGACCUCAUAAGUGUGAAAUUUGUUUUAAGCAAUUUACCGAAAAAUGUAGUUUAGAAACACAUUUCAAAUUACACACAAGAGAAAAACCUCAAUAAUCAGAAAACGUAAUUAAUAUUUUUCACACAACCUUUUAUAACUUAUGAAUGUUAUGUAUGAAUGUUUUUGUAUUCUUUUUUACUUGAUAAAUAGGGGAGUGCAUUAAGAUUUUCAUUUUGGAAAAAAUCAAACAAGAUAGAACUUCAUAAUUUCAUAAAGAAAUGUUUAAUAAACAACAUAUCAAAAAGUUCUAUUCGAGAAGUGGGUGCUUCAUUUUUUAUUAAACAAAUGAACUACGAAAUUAGAUGUUUUUUUAAAUAACUCCAAAAAUAUAAAUUUUAGAAAAAAACUGACUUGACCAUUGAAAAGUUCAGACAAUUUUACAAAAAAACCUUAUAUAAAGAAAUUUCUAAAAUUAAAUCUGUAUCUCAUAUAAUUUUUUAUUUAUAUCGCUAAAGUCACCCUUCUCACAAACAUUGGCGCACUGUAAACUAACGCACGGCGAAGUGCACGUUGAGUUAUUUUAAUGUAAUUCUUUAAAUAAGGGAUCAAAUGAAAUUUUACAAACUGAACAUGAAAGAGGAAUAAUUAAGCUAUCUUAUGGUUAUAAUAGAAAGAAAUAAAAUGUAUGGGCAUAAUUACGGUGUGGGCGGAAAGUGAGCCUUAUAUGAAUUUUGUUUGAAAAUUAUUUAAAAAUGUGUAACUAAUACAAUUUUUCUUAAAAGACUCUCAAUUUUGCACAACUUACCUUUCAAGCAUCCUACUAAAUGAUGUUUCAUUCAAAAAAAAUCUCAAAAAUUUAAUUCAAAUGAUAUGAAGUCUCAAAAAAUGUAAUUUUUGAAAUCUUCGUAGUUUUAUAGAAUUACCACCACUUUAAGACAGUAUUACUCAAGUUUGAACAAAUCUAUUACAGUUUUAUAAGUGCUUUUUUAAAGCUUAGGAUGUAAUCUUUAAAAUGCAGUAAAUUAUUUUACUUUAGAAAUGAAAUAAACUAUUUCUUUUUAAGAAAAUUAAGAAAGAUAACAAAAAUGUAACACAAAAACCGAAAAUUACCAGCUAAAAAAAUGUUUAUACAAAGUGAUCAAAACUUUUCUGUAAAACUUACCUAAAAUACAUUUAAUAAUAAGCUUCGCCAAUAAUAAAUGUUCAGCAAAAAAAUUUUUUUAGCUCAUACAGUAUGUCUGCGUAACUUGGAACUUAUUGAUAACUUUUUUAUUAUCAGUUUUACGAAAAAAAGUUAUUCU